CGAAGAGUAGUAAUUUUCUCUGCAUUGACUGUCGUGCUGGUCUUCCACUGAGUGCUUGUCGUCUCCACUGAGUACCCCCUUCCUCUCCUCAUUCUCAUCUCAGUCCUCUCCUCCAUUGCGCUCCCUGGAAUAAGAUCCAUCCGCCCUUGUUGCUGAUCUCCUCCUUCGUCCUCGCCCCUGCCAACUGAGUUCCACAGUCCGUGGACAUUUUGGGGUGGGAUAGUGGGGUUCUGCAUCUAUCUAGUACGGAGAUUCCAAGCAAUUUACUCUCUUGACUGCUGUUGGUCUUCCUCGUCUCUGCUUCCUCUCAGUCUCCUCCAUUGCGCUGCCUGGAACAGAUCCAUCCGCCUUGUUGCUGAUCUCAUCCAACCUCCGUGAAUAUUUGGGGUGGCACUUUCCAGUGAUUAUUCAGAGCACCAUGCAUCCAAGGCACUGACCCGGCUAGCGGCCUGAUCGAGUGAAGCGACCUCCGCCGCCGUCUUGUCCUCUGGUGCGCCGGCACUGCUUCCGCUUCGUUGCCGCUGUGUUCUGCUCUGUUCUGCUCUGCCGAUGAAGCAUCAAAGGUGACGCCAUCCGACGCUGACGCCGCCGCUGUUUUCUGCUCUGCCGUGAAGCAUCAAAGGUUAUUAUUCGGAUCGCCAUGCAUCGAAUCCACUGACCCAUCCGCCGUUGUGUUCUGCUCUACUGUGAAACACCAAAGGUUUCCAGUUGAUUGCUCCGGAGAGCUCUGAUGGAUAUUGUCACGGGUGCCAUUGCCAAGCUGAUCCCCAAGCUGGGAGAACUGCUUGUGGGGGAGUACAAGCUACACAAGGGCGUCAAGAAAAAUAUCGAGGACCUCCUGAAAGAGCUCAAGACCAUGAACGCUGUGCUCAUCAAGAUUGGUGAGGUGCCGCCGGACCAGCUCGACAGCCAAGACAAGCUUUGGGCCGAUGAGGUCAGAGAGCUCUCCUACGUCAUUGAGGAUGUGGUGGACAAGUUCCUUGUACGGGUCCAUGGCAUUGAGCCCGACGACAACACCAACGGAUUCAAGGGGCUCAUCAAGAGGACCACCAAGUUGUUGAAGAAAGUCGUGGAUAAGCAUGGGAUAGCUCACGCGAUCAAGGACAUCAAGAAGGAACUCCAGGAGGUGGCUGCUAGGCGUGACAGGAACAAGUUCGAUGGUAUUGCUUCUGUUCCUACUGAAGCAAUCGAUCCUCGUCUCCGUGCUCUGUACAUAGAAGCGGCAGAGCUAGUUGGCAUCUAUGGGAAGAGGGAUCAGGAGCUCAUGAGUUUGCUCUCCUUGGAGGGCGAUGACGCCUCUACCAAGAAACUGAAGAAGGUCUCCAUUGUUGGAUUUGGAGGGUUGGGCAAGACCACUCUUGCCAGAGCAGUAUACGAGAAGAUUAAAGGUGAUUUUGGUUGUCACGCAUUUGUUCCUGUCGGGCAGAACCCUGAUAUCAAGAAGGUGUUCAGGGAUAUCCUCAUGGAUCUCGGCAACGCUAACUCAGAUCUUGCGUUGUUGGAUGAAAGGCAGCUUAUCAACAAACUUCAUAAAUUUCUCGAGAACAAGAGGUACCUCGUCAUAAUUGAUGAUAUAUGGGAUGAAAAAUUGUGGAGAUACAUCAACCUUGCUUUCUCUAUCAAUAACAAUCUAGGCAGUCGGCUAAUCACCACAACCCGAGAUUUCGAUGUCUCCAAAUCAUGUUGCUCAUCAGCUGAUGAUUCAGUUUAUCAUAUGAAACCUCUUUGUACAGAUGACUCCAGAAGGCUCUUCUAUAAAAGAGUAUUUGCCGACGAGAGUGGAUGCCCAAAUGAAUUUGAACAAGUGUCUAAAGAUAUAUUGAAGAAAUGUGGUGGGGUACCACUAGCCAUCAUUACUAUUGCUAGUGCUUUGGCUAGUGGCCAGGAGGUGAAACCAAAGAGUGAAUGGGAUAUUCUGCUCCAGUCCCUUGGCUGUGGACUAACAAAAGAUAACAGUUUGGUUGAGAUGCGGAGAAUACUAUCUUUCAGCUAUUAUAAUCUACCGCCUCAUCUGAAAACUUGUCUACUAUACCUAUGUAUAUAUCCAGAAGAUAGCGAGAUUUAUAGAGAUAGACUGAUAUGGAAGUGGGUGGCCGAAGGAUUUGUCCACCAUGGAGAUCAAGGGACCAGCCUGUUUUUGGUCGGAUUGAACUACUUCAACCAGCUCAUUAAUAGAAGUAUGAUCCAGCCAAUAUAUGAUGAACUAGGCCAGGUACAUGCUUGCCGUGUACAUGAUAUGGUUCUAGACCUUAUCCGCAACUUGUCACAUGAAGCAAAGUUUGUUAAUGUAUUGGAUGGCACUGGGAAUAGCAUAUCUUCACAAAGUAAUGUCCGCCGUUUGUCCCUUCAGAAUAAAAAGGAAGAUCAUCAAGCCAAGCCUCUCACAAAUAUCAUGAGUAUGUCACGAGUGAGGUCAAUUACUAUCUUUCCACCUGCUGUUAGUACCAUGCCAAGUCUGUCAAUGUUUGAAGUUCUGCGUGUACUUGAUCUGUCGAACUGUUAUCUGGGAAAAAGUAGCAGCCUGCAGCUUAACCUCAAGGGUGUUGGACACUUAAUCCACCUAAGGUACCUUGGUCUAGCAGAUACUGGAAUCAGGGAACUGUCGGCUGAGAUAGGAAACCUGCAGUUUUUGGAGGUGUUGGAUCUUGGAAGAAAUUAUGAGCUAGAUGAAUUACCUUCCACUCUUUUUAAUUUGAGAAGAUUAAUCUACCUAAAUGUUUUUUCCAGUAAGGUGGUUCCAACUCCUGGUGUGUUGCAGAAUCUGAAAUCCAUUGAAGUGUUGAGGGGGAUCUUGGUCUCUCUGAACAUUAUUGCACAAGAGCUUGGCAACCUGGCAAAGCUGAGGGAGCUUCAGAUUCGCUUCAAGGAUGGUAGUUUGGAUUUGUAUGAAUGUUUUGUGAAGUCUCUGUGCAACCUAGAUCAUAUCGAAAGCCUAAGUAUUCGUUAUAAUUCCGAAGAAACAUCUUCUGAACUGAUGGAUCUCUUGGGAGAACGCUGGGUGCCUCCUGUACAUCUCCGCAUAUUUGUGUCUAGGAUGCCCAGCCAACUCUCUGCACUGCGAGGGUGGAUAAAGAGAGACCCCUCGCAUCUCUCGAACCUCUCCCAGUUAAUUCUCGAUUCAGUGAAGGAAGUGCAGCAGGAGGAUGUGGAUAUCAUUGGGGGGUUGAUGUCCCUUCGCGGUCUCUACAUAAAGAGCGCCCACCAAACACAGCGGCUGCUAGUCAUCCGUGCAGAUGGGUUCCGCUGUAUGGUAUGGUUUGACUUGAAUUGUGGGUCAGCGGCGCAAAUUAAGUUUGAACCAGGAGCUUUGCCUAGGGCGGAACGAGUUUGCUUCAGCCUGGGUGUGCGCGUGGCGAAAGAAGAUGGAAACUGUGGUUUCGACUUGGGCCUGCAGGGGAACCUGCUCUCCCUUUGGCGGCUUCUCUACAUUCAUAUGUAUUGUGGUGGAGCGAGGGUUGGGGAGGCCAAGGAAGCGGAGGCUGCGGUGAGGCACGUGCUCGAAGCCCAUCCCAACCAUCCCCGUAUUUAUAUUUGGACGAUCCCGGGUAUAGCAGAAGAUGCUCAUGAUGACGAUUUGUGUGAGGACUGAUUUCUGUUCCAGAGCGACUCACAUUACAUCUGAUGUGCUCUCAGGCAGCAGGGGCGCGGGACGGUGGGGUUACUGCUGGUGGCAUCGGAGAUGAAUGUUUCACAAACAUUUUUGGGUGGGUGCUGGCCGUGCAAAGAUUUCGAACUUUGCUGGAAGUUGUGUGAUGAACUUCUUUUAAAUGGCAGUCACUUGCAGAAAGAGAUAUUGCUUGGUUUUGUAAUGAAUAAGUCCUUACAAGGAUAGCUUUGCUUUGCUUUAGUUGAGGGCCAUCGUUGCUCCUCUGUUUUGCAUGUUGUUACAUGGGAGGGCUAGCCCAUGACAUGCUGGUGUAUUUUGUUUUUAAGCUGAACCGGAUAAACCUGAGGGUGUAUUAUCAGUUUCAUGAUGAAUGAAAUCUGAGCUCUUUAAUUCAAAUAAAAACUGUGGUUUACUGUUGGAACUGUUA